CUGCUCAGACGCCGGUGUACAAAUCACAACAUCUCCUCCACUUUCCUUCCCUAUGAGUCCAGAACCAGAUGUUGCAGUUUCUCCAAAACAAGUGGAAACAACUCCUAAAGGGACAGAUGAAGCCCAGCCUUCUACCUGCAGUGAACAUUCCAGGCAAAGUGUUCCAGACGAGAUGUUAAAAGUGGUACAGCUGCAGCAAGUCAACAUCCUGAGCCUCAUGCAAGUGGUUGGGCUGUCAUUUCUCAUGGCCAAUGUACAGCAAAAUGUUCCACAGACAGCUGCCAGGCUGGUUCAUAAUAAUCAAAUUGUAAAUCUUCAAGUGAGAAGAUCAACUGCUUCUGACGAAAGUGAACAAAGAGAUGAGACUCCGGGAAACCAAGAGCAAGUAAUCCAGAGAAAAGAGCUAAGCAACCGGAAGGAUGAACAAACACGUGACCAGAACAGUAAAAAGGAUGAGUUUUGUAGUAAUCAAGAGCAGGUCAUCCAGAGCAAUAGGCUAAGUGACAAGAAGGACAUGAAAGGUAUUGAUGAUGACAAGAACAGAGCUGAAAUACCAGGUUCUCAAGAUCAACUUAUCCAGAAGAAAUGGCAACGCAAGAAUAAAGACAAGAAAGCUUGUUAUCAAAAAAAUGAAAGAAAUGAGUUAAAGCAGGUCACCAAGGGCAAAUGGGUUGGUGAUCAGAAAGACAAGAAAUCCAAGAAAAAUAAAGGAGAUGAGUUGUCUGGUAACCAAGAGCAAGCUAUUAAGAGCAGAAGACUAGGAAAUGAGAAAGACAAGCAAACCAAUGGAUCAAACAAUAAAAGUCUUGUGACUCCUGGUAACAAUGAGCAUGUCACCCUGAGCAAAUGUCUAUGUCACAAGAAAAAUGAGAAAAACAGGAAAAAGAACAAAGAUAAGACUCCUGAUGGGAUACAGCAAGUCAUAAAGAGCAACACAGAGAAACAGAAAUCCAGUGACAAAGAAAGUGAUUCACAGGUGACCAGUGUGUAUGAUAAUAUUAGUACAAUUCUAAGAUUUACUGUUAGACAAGUAGGAAUUGCACUGUACUCUGUGCAUAAUGACCUUAUAAAUCUAUUAACCAGCGGUCAUGUCAUCCUCCACCACAUUAACCGCCUGUGCAGUUUAGAAAGUCUCCCCCGAAAACUGUUAGUGUUACAUUAACUUGUACCCCUUCAUGUAUAUAC